UCACUGGCAAUCAUGGUGGCCAACGAUGUUUUGGAGCACUGCAAAAGACCCUGAAGAAGACACUAGACUACAUUCUUAACGUUUUUGAUACCGGCAGAAAGUCAUAUACUUGUGAGAUGCUUGAAUGAAACAUCUGUGAGUUUUAAACAACAUACAAAUGUGCACUAAAUAACGUUGUAGAUUGCAAAUUAACAACGUGGGUUCUGUCAUCUGCGUCGUCGACAAUGACAAGGUGAACCACGUUUUGUUAAAUUUCUCAAGAAUGUAGAGCAACUGAGAUUGUAACACGCAGAUCUUCAGUAUUAUAUGUAAAUCUUAAAAGGUUCGAUCAAAAAGAAAAUCCUUCCACGUAAAAUAAGAGAAUAUGGAUAAACGUGUUUCAGAGAACGGCGAGUCUCGUCAAAUCUUGCAGCAUUAUAUUGCUAAACAGAACACAGUGCUUAAUAGAAUUUCAGGCAGUUGCAAUGCUAAUAUCAGUACUCUACGUUUGGGAAUGCUUGUUGAGGCUGUCGAGAUACAAAGAGAUGGGGGUUUGAGGAUACGAGUUGAUGAUCCUAAUGGCUCGGAUAUUUGGAGAAGGACAGAAUGGCUCUGCCAUAGAUAUGAUCUUAUUCCAGUAUCACCAAUUAUAUGGGAGUAUUUAUUAGCUGUACCAUUACCACAAGAAAGAGUACGUUUGGCAAGUAACAAACAGUUCUGUGAGGAGAUUAAAGAUAUUUGUUUAAAUGAUAAAGUCUGGUACAGACCAGAUCCUGGAGCAUCUGCAAAAUUUCUUUCCAUUGUUAAAUACAUUGGUCCAGUAGCAGAGCUUGGUCAAGGAAUAUAUUUUGGUCUGGAUGUAUUGGAUAGUAGAGAAGUAUCAAAAACCUCAAAAUUUGCUCAACAAUAUUUUUCAUAUAUACGGUCAAGUGGAGUCUUUGCAACCUUGAGCAAUGUGGAACCCUUCAAAGCUGAGGGAGCAGAAUCUGGAGAAGCUUUCAGAAGCAAUGAAGUUGUGUCCCACAAGCAAAUUAUUGAUUUUUCAAACGAGGAUAUUUCCUAUAAUACUGAUCGGACUCCACAGGAUUCAAGUGUAGCAUAUAUUGAUAGAUUAUCUUUAUUUGAUGAUAAAACAAACAAUAACCCUAAUACUCUACCAGUAUUAAAAGAGCCAGCAGUGUCUAAAUCAUCCUACCAAUCAGCAAAAUCAUUGAAUAUAAUUGGAGAUGCUUCAAGCUUAAAUCGCAACGCGGACAGCUAUAAACUCUUCGACACUGAGCACAAAUGGAGCAGCGAUAUAGAUUUGAACACGUACAGCAAUUUGGAUGUGAACCACGAUUCCCUAAGCCCAAAUCACAACGGUGUAUCAAAAAAUGAUGACGGUAUAACCGUGCGACCUGAAAAUACGGGAGAUCUCAGGGUCGGCUCUACAGUGAAGAUACUCGUAGACACAGAUACACGACAGGGUGUGAUACGUUGGAUCGGUAUACCGCCCGGAACUAUACCUGGUAAACUGAUGGCAGCUGUUGAAUUAGAUGAAGGUCAUCCCCUGGGAACAGAUGGAACUUAUAAUGAUAUCAGGUAUUUCCAUUGCUUGCCGCGAAGAGCAAUAUUCACGGACAUGAACGAAUGUCGUCAAGGUGAUAAGAUGCCAGUCAAUGAACGGGCCAUGAUUAAUGUCAAUAAUUUUGGUAACAUGGAGAGUUCUGUUGUGAUGGGUAUGAUCAGGCCAAUUUGCGUCAAAGGAGAUCUGGAGAGCAUCUGUGGGAAGUAUCGAGGAAUACAGGGUCAUCAUAACUCCUGUUAUUUAGAUGCCACACUCUUCAGCAUGUUUGCAUUUACCAGUGUCUUCGAUAACCUCUUAUUCAGACCUCCUAAUGAGAAAGAUUGUCCACAAUACGAAGAGGUUCAAAGAGUGUUACGUGAGGAAAUUGUAAAUCCUCUUCGAAGAAAUAUGUUUGUCAGAGCAGAUCGUGUUAUGAAGUUAAGAACGUUGCUUGAGAAAUUAUCAUCUAUCUCAGGAUUAACUAGCGAAGAAAAAGAUCCCGAAGAAUUCUUAACCUCACUAGUUGCGCAAAUCCUGAACGCUGAACCUUUCCUAAAAUUAAGCUCAGGUCAAGAUGCUUAUCACUAUCAGCUCUUUGUGGAGAAGGAUGAUCAUCUCAAUCUACCAACCGUACAGCAGUUACUGGAACAGAGUUUUCUCACGAGUAAUAUUCGGUUAAAAGAAGUUCCUUCUUGUCUGAUAAUUCAAAUGCCGCGUUUUGGAAAGUCCUUCAAAAUGUAUCCAAAAAUACAGCCUACAUUAUUACUCGACGUUACUGACAUCAUCGAAGACUCUCCGAGACAGUGCACCGUAUGCGGAAAGCUAGCCGAUUUCGAAUGCAAGGAAUGUUAUGGGCAAUGUGGAGUAGGUCUCGAGAGCAUAGCAUUCUGCUUGCAAUGUUUAGAAAAGGUACAUCGUCAUGAGCGAAGAACAAAUCAUGAACCAAAGAAACUUAUCGUUCCCAUGGAGUUCGCCAUCUUGCAAGAACAUUGUCCAGUGCCAAGACUUUACCUGGAGCUUUCUGCAGUAGUCUGCAUAGAAACAUCUCACUAUGUAUCAUUUGUAAAGUGUGGAUCAGGUUCGGAAGCUCCGUGGUGUUUCUUCGAUUCAAUGGCAGACAGAAAAGGUGAGCAAAAUGGCUACAAUAUUCCGGAAAUGGUACCGUGUCCAGACUUUCCUUAUUGGCUGAGCGAAGAAGGUGUCAACUACUUAACGGAAUUGACUGAUGAUCGUCAUUUACCAGAACACGCAAAGCGACUCCUCUGUGAUGCUUAUAUGUGCAUGUAUCAAUCACCGGAUGUGAUGAUGUACAAAUAAUUGAAUGUAUCAGAGCGAAUUGGGUAAGUCACAUCCUGUACGAAAUUCUGCAUAGCUUAUGUUAUGCGCUCGUAUUUUGAUUAUCGUCCCCCGUUAUUGAUGCAGAUGUCAAUCUGAUCUGUUUCGUAAUGUGGGAUAUGACGAUAACAUAAAGUCAAUAAUAUUCACAGUUUGACAACUGUGUACAAAAAUAAUAGCUAUUGUUAAGCCAAGAGGUUUUAUUCAUAUAACGUGAAAUUUACAAUGUGACACAGAAUGCGCGUUAUUGUUACUGUUCUUGUAAACAUAAAUAAUAUUCACGCUACAACAAAGUCUGACUUGUUGUAUUUAAUCAAAAAUCAAUGACACUCGUUAAACGAUCAUAAUCGUUAAUACCGUAAACAUAUAUCACGAUAUCGGAUACCGAUCCGCCGUAUUAUGACUCCAUUAUAGUCGGUUCAUGUAAGAAGAACGAAUUCUUAUCUCUAAUGAGUCGCAGCAAGAAAUGUUAUGUAAAGUAUAUAUAUAUAUAUAUAUUCGAAUGGAUUAUAGAGAAUUGCCCGUCCGUAAAAACACAAAUUUUUGUUCAUUGCAAAAUGAACACUUCCGUGUUUCAGGGAGUAACGAAAUAAAAGAUAAUGAAAUUUGAAGCUCAA